GGGCCUCCGAUGAUGCUACUUGUAGGCAGGAAGAGGCAUUUUAGGGAUUUGGAGGGGACCUCGGAGGUCUUCUAGUCCAGCCCAGCCAUCUUAAGCCUUCUUCUACUACUCUAGCCGCUGCCACCGCCGCCACAAAUUAGCGUUUUCAUAAUGUGGCUAACUAGUGUCCCUCUAAGGAGAUGCUGCAAAGUUAUAAAUGAAAAAAAUGCAAGUGCAAGUGAGUGAGUGUUAUAUAGUCGCAUUUGUGGGCAUGGCACUUCACUAAGGGUUAGAAGAUGAGUCCCUGUCCCAAGGAGCAUGCAGGCUAAAAUCCAUGCAAGGUAAACAACAGAGGGAAGAGGGAAGCGGAGCCAGGAUAAACUGGUGCCGCCUGCCUGGGGACUUGCUUUUGCUCCUGAGCUCCCAGUGGCUGGCUGAGACAGACAACCCCCCCGAGAGAUGGAAGAGAAGAAAAAGAAGAGGAGUCCCAAGGCUCACAUGGCCCAGCCGGUGCCCUCCAGUGCCCUGCGCAAGCUGCCCGUCCCUGCCAGCAAGAGCACCUCUUUCUCCCUGGGGAUGCCUCACCUCCCUUCGCCAAAGCAAAGAGCCAAGUUCAAGAGGGCCAACAAGGAGAAGCCACGAGCCCCGCAGCCCGGAGGCAGCGCCGGAGCAGCCAUGGGCACGCCCCUCCAGCACUCCUUCCUGACCGACGUCUCGGAUGUGUACGAAAUGGAGGGGGGGCUCUUGAACUUGCUGAACGACUUCCACUCGGGGAGGCUGCAGGCCUUUGGAAAGGCGUGUUCCUUUGAGCAACUGGAGCAUGUGCGGGAGAUGCAAGAGAAGCUGGCCCGCCUGCAUUUCAGCCUGGACGUCUAUGUGGAGGAGCUCUCGGAGGACCAGAAGAAAGCCGUGGCUGACAGGAACCUGGAUCAGCUCCUGACAAAUCUGGAAGAACUCAGUAACUCCAUCCAAAAGCUCCACUUGGCAGAGAACCCGGACUUGGAGGAGGCAUCCGCUGUGGUCUAGAGGAGGCCAAGAGGCUGCCCAGCCCUCCUCUCGAGCUUCGGCAGCAGGGAGCCUCAGGAAAGGAGCCGCUGUUGCUGAGCGAAGAAGAGCCUUGAGUUCGAGGCUGCCUCUGAACCACCGUCCAGGGAAGGACAGACAGCUGUCCCCAGUUAGACGCUGCCACCUGAUUUGCCAAGGCAGGGAUUUGGGGAGGGGCCAGCGUUCAACCUGCCAGCCGAAGAAUCUUAUGGAAACGCAGCCAACUCCCAGGCCGCUGGUUGGAACCAGGAGACAGCUGUGCACAAACAGAAUGGAAGCAAGCCGGGGUCAGGGUGGGGGGCGGCAGUGGGUAGGGCUCCUGCGCCUUGGGAUUGCGGGUGAUCCAAGUGUUGUGCCCCAGGAUCCAGGGUGCCCUUUCAAGGGGACUUGGGGUGUUCCUCGUGGACAAUGCAGAACCGCUGCUUUGAGCGGCAGCAUCACUUGUGCCCAGCUGAAGUGGUGCACGGUUUGGAAUUAGGCUCCAUCCAGAAGCCUUGUUUGCAGACUAGUGUGAAGGAUGCAUGUACCAUCUGUGUGCAGUGUACACGUGUGCAGAGCUGUAUGCACAUGCAGUGAUUAACAUGCUUGAUACACAUAUAGUACACUUCCUACCUGUCUCCUGCAUUGAAGGGGGGCUGUACCCAGGACCACUUUUAGAUUGAACGCACAUACAGUCAUUCACACACAAGCAGGUGCAUGUGUACAGAUACUUGUGUACACACACACACAGAGCGUAAUGUCUGGAGUGGUUAGGGCUACACAUUCCUUAGAAUUCAGGCUGGCUGCUCUCCCCUAACCCCCCCCCCACUGCUGUUCCAACCUGGCUUCUCCCUGCCUUUGCAGCUCACAUGACAGAUGUACUAGGCAGCAAGUCAAACGCUGCUCUUGUAGUCUAACAUGCCCCCCAUUCCCACGCAUCAAGCAGCCUAUGCUGCUCCUCUGCUUCCCCCCUCCUUACUGCAGCAUGAACUUGAAUGUGCCUUCCUGCCCAUUUUGAACCUAGAAAAAUUGCCCCAGGGAGGGGAACUGACCUUGUGACAUCACUGACAUCAGCCAAUCAGGGCUCUGCGUGCCCAGAUUUGGCAAAGAGGAAGAACCAGUUUCCCCCAAAUUCAGUCCUAAGGAACACUUGUACAUCCAUACAAAAUGUGGCGAAUGAGCAUGCUUUGCCUGCAGGCUGACUACUGCAGGAGAGGAGAGCUGGUCUUGUGGUAGCAAGCAUGACUGGUCCCCUUAGCUAAGCAGGGUCUGCCCUGGCUGCAUAUGAAUGGGAGACCAGAAGUGUGAGCACUGUUAAAAUAUUCCCCUUAAGGGAUGGAGCCACUCUGGGAAGAGCAGAAGGUUGCAAGUUCCCUCCCUGGCAGCAUCUCCAAGACAGGGCUGAGAGAGACCCCUGCCUGCAACCUUGGAGAAGCCACUGCCAGUCUGUGUAGACAAUACUGAUCUGGAUGGACCAAGGGUCUGACUCAGAAUAUGGCAGCUUCCUAUGUUCCUUUGUCUGAACAGCAUCACAAGUUAAUAGCAACAAGAACAAACACCUCCAGUUCUGAACAGAUUCACCAAGAAUGAGAGCUUCCGUUGUAACAUCGGCUACUAUGAUGUGACCUCAAAGUGAUCCCUGUUAUCGUCUAGCUGGAUUGAGAAUUCUGUGAAUCUCGAAUCCUGGCAUGGAGGAGGGAGCUUGAACUCUACCUGGCUCUGAUCCAGACUCCAUUCCCGCCCCCACUGCUGUUGAUUUGGAAAACAACCCCAUCGGUGCCAAUGUACAAGGAAGCAAGCAAACAUAGACAGGCCACUCAUGCCGUUCUCCUCAUAUGCCGCUUGACCCUUGAGCUAUGUAAAUAGUGAUCUGGUGUAAGUUGCAAUGUAAUAAUUAGCAGAUGGAGUGAUUUGGUGACUGCUUGUGCUGCAUUCAUUGGAGACAAAAGGAUCAAACAAGUGCAAGGAAACAUCAAGUUCCAUCCCUUGAGAAUGACAUCGUCCUCCCUUCUUAACAGCUGUUAACAUUUCAUCUAAAUAAAGUUACUACAUCA